UCUUCCGUGGGAUGCACGAAAAGACAUGUUCCACGGUGACACAAUUCAGAAGCGUUACCUCAAAAUGGUUCACGGAGCGAUUGAAAGCGGAUGGAGAGAAGCUAAUAGACUUUUCAGUGACAACCGGUCAUGGCAGUCGUGACUUGCAGUAUGUUCUUGAGCAUGGGGGAGUUCCAGUCAAUGUCACCAUGGCAUCAGUGCAUCAACAUCAGUCCUACGAUGCAUUCAUCUUCCACCUCACACUCCAGAAUAUAUACAUCUUUAGCUGUUAUAUAAUUGAUGACAAAUGAUGGAACCCUCCCUUUGGUCAGUUGCCGAAAAAACCGCAAAAAUGCUCUGUUGUCAUAAUUGGUGCAGGCAUGGCAGGAUUAGGAGCAGCGAGGGAAUUGGUUGCAGCAGGAAUUAAUGACAUCGUGAUCUUGGAAGCUCAAGAAAGGGCAGGAGGCCGCGUUUGUACUGCUCCUCUUGAGAAUGGUCAUAUUGAGCUGGGUGCACAAUGGAUUCAUGGUGAAGAUAAUCCUAUCUAUCAUAUAGCCCACAAACAAAAUUUGCUGUCUAAUACAACUUCAGCCGAAGGAUUAGGACCAUAUUUAAAGACUGAUGGAACAGAACUUUGCAGUUCUCUAGUUGCUCAUGUUAGUCAUAAAAUAUCUGGCAUUCUAGAAGAUUGUGAGCAGUUUGUAGCGUGUGAUGAAAAUUAUCCCUCAUCUGUUGGUCAGUACUUACGUGAUCGCUUUCAAGAAUAUUUGGAGACUUGCAGUGAUGACACUCCUGAGGAGAGACAAACUAAGUGGUCAAUAUUUGAAUGGCAUCUUAGAUUUCAAGAAAUUGAUAACUCUUGUUCAGAUCUUGACUCCUUGUCAGCUAAACAUUGGGGAAAGUACAAGUUCACUGGUGGUGAGGACUACAUAAACCUGUUAAGUGGAUACUCCUCUGUUGUUGAUGCUCUCAUUCAAGAUCUACCUGAUCACAUCAUACAUUUUAAUUCACCUGUUAAAAAAAUUGUAUGGCAAAAGAAACUGUCUGCCAUGAAUUCUAACCAACUAUCAGAUGAUUUUGCUUCUUUUCCAUCAUGUGUUUUAUGUGAGGAUGGAUCUAUUGUCCAUAGUAUGCAUGUUAUCGUCACUUGCUCUAUUGGUUAUUUGAAAGCCAACCUAGAUUUCAUGUUUGAGCCAACUCUGCCAAGCAGUUUAACUUCAGCAAUUGAUUCAAUGGGCUUUGGUGUUGUUGAUAAGGUUUUUCUUGUCUAUGACACACCUUGGUGGGGUGAAGAGCAACAAGCAUUUCAAAUAGUGAGGGGUCAUUUAAAUGAAGUGAACACGGCUGAGGAAAGAGACUGGUGGCUGAAGGACUGCACUGGCUUUGAUGUUCUUUCUCGUGAUCCUCCAAUUCUUCUGGCCUGGGUGGGUGGGGAAGGAGCUGUGUUUAUGGAGCGACUUAGUGAAGAUGAUAUUGCAGAACAUUGUACAAGUUUACUGCAAAAAUGUGUUCCAAAGCUAAACAUACCAUUGCCAAAAUACAUCAAAAGGUCCUGCUGGUCAAGCAAUGUUUAUAUCAGGGGAGGCUACAGCCACACCACAGUGGAUCGUGAUCAAACAAGCUGUGGUCGCAAGGAUUUGACUAUUCCUGUGUACUGCGAAAUGGAAAGCGCUCAAAAGCAUCCAGUCAUCCUACUUGCAGGAGAGGCGGCACAUGAGUCGCAUUAUUCCACUGCCCAUGGAGCCUUUGAAUCUGGCCAAAGUCAAGCACGAGCUCUAAUCAAGUAUCAAAAGGAGACGAAGUCUCGUUUAACAGAAUUAUAUUCUGCCAAUAAUGUCGAUGCCUCUGGAGUAAAGUAGAUGUAUUCUAAGACCUUCUGGUCAAAGACUAUUUUCAGUACUGGGUUUGUAGUAGUUGUACCUAAGAAGCAGAACUAUAUUGAUGAUGACAGGGUGUAGUAUUAUUUCAAUUCUCUUCUAUGGCUGUCUUUUGCACAUCUAUUUGAUAUGUGAACAGGUUUCUGUCCUUUCUAUUUUUAAAACUUUGUCUAGUGUGUCUUAUGCUUUGCAGCAACUUUUUUAUUGAAAGUAUGAUUGCACCCAGAAAAAUGUAACUUGUCAAUUACUCUCCUAGUCAAACUGUAUAUCCUAUAGUUGAUUAUUGCCUUCCUUAUUUAUUUUUGGGUCGGUGAUUUAACAUGCCUAUGGUUAACCAUUCCAAAUGUAUAGGAAUAUUGUUAUUGAACUGCAAUUGCUACUUUUCUUUUUGAUGGGAUCUGUUUGUGAUUGAAGUUUGUGCCAAAGAUUAUCUCUGUAUUGUUGGGGCUGUUUUUUCAGAACUCCCAUAUAAAGACUUGCAGUCCACUUUCUGCUCUGAAAACCUAGCAGAAUGUGGUUUGGAGGAAUCGAGUUGGAUGAGUCAAGGGCAAAUUUUUACAAGUCUAUUGCUCAACUGAAAAUUAUAAAAGACAAAGGAUUUAUGACCUAUCUGCCAUGAACUAUUAGUUUAAAUUUCCUUCUGUAGGAACAAUUGUUGUUAAUUGUGUUUUGAUUUCGAUAUUUUAAUUUUAUCUUUAUGUUUUAGUUUUGUGUUUAUAGUUACUAUUAAAACUUCCUUCCCUUGAGUCCACUGUAUUGUGGAUGUUACUGUGGAUUUCAUUUCACAUUUUAUUUAUGAUGUGUGCCAUUGAAAUGACUUGUUUCUGUGUUAUUUUGACACAUUGUAAUGAUGUGUGUGUGUGAAUGUGUGUUAUAUUGACACAAAAGUGGAUGUGUUGGUAUUUUUACAAAUGUGAAUAGGUGUUGGUUGUGGACCAGAUUUUCAAAGACUUAGAUCAUUGACGGAUUUGUUUUAAUAGGUAUUUCCAUGCCUCUUUUUGAUUAAUUUUUGUUCGGAGCACCUAUUGCUUGCUGUAUAUUUAUAUAUCUAUCAUUGUACUGUUUAUGAUUUCCAUUAUACGAUUGGGUAUUUUCGAUUGUCUAUUGAGAGGAACUGUAUUUUUUAGCACAUUUGAUGGUCAAUAAGUCUAUUUAUAGAUUUCUUCCUCUAGAACACUUCUAGUUGAGUUGAAGAUGAAUAUGUAGUCUAGCAAAAUCUACUUUUUGAGAAGUUUUCCAAGGCUUAAUGUUACACUUCCUUAAUGGAGUUAGGGAUUUACAUCUGAAUAAAAAACAUUUUGAGAAAAA